CGGUUACGGGGCCCUGGAGGCUCUGGGCAAAAGAAGCCCCAGUGUGGCUUUCGCCUUCAGCGGUAACCAGUAACUAAUAAUGCUGCACUGCAGUGACUUUGACCACCCCCGAUCACCCUACGAUUGAAGUCCCAUCAGCGCAUCUGUGGCGGAACAACGGUAAAAGUGCAUGCUGAUCGAGGGGCAAACAGUGGCACUGUACUACUGCCAGUGCCGCCCGGUGUCGAUGCUCGCUCCCCAAGCAGCGCUCGCUACUUUGUUCCGUGAUCACAGCAUCCGCCUUCGCGAUCGUACUUCUGGGGCCCGGGAGCAACGUGUGCUAGAUCAAACCAGUUUGGCCAAACGUGAAUCUCCAUCUUAGUAACCAAGGAACAGGGAAAGGUACAUUGCAGUAUCCCUGCCCCACGCCGACGGCUGAGGGAAAACCUGUUAACAAAAUCUAUUCCCAUCUGCUACUACACUGGGCAGUACCUCAAAGUCAAUCCCUCCAGCUCCUGAUACUCCUAAUCGCUACCCCUGCCCACCGACCGGAAAACUUGACCGCGCCCACUCGACAAGUUUGCGCCUCUGCCUCUGCUGUCGACCUGUCACCUCUCUUACGUUGCCACGAUUCAGGACACCUGAAACGGCCUCUGCACGACCAACUCUGCUCCCGUCGUCUCUUUGGGGCCAUCUUUCCAUCCUUCCCUGACCAGCGUCCAUCAUUUAUCGACUCGGCCGACUCCACGUUGCCUGUCUUUCGACCUGCCCCUUCCUGCGAUAUCACAUCGCUCAGCUGCGCCGCGUAACUCAGUGUCCCAGAAUCCAAUUGUUUCUUCAUCAAGAUGGCAGAGUUCGUUCGAGCCCAGAUCUUUGGGACGACCUUUGAAAUCACCAGCAGGUACACCGACCUGCAACCUGUAGGCAUGGGAGCGUUUGGGCUGGUCUGCUCUGCAAAGGAUCAACUCACGGGUCAAUCCGUUGCCGUCAAGAAAAUCAUGAAGCCAUUCUCUACACCUGUCCUUGCGAAGCGCACCUACCGAGAACUGAAGCUCCUGAAGCAUCUUCGACAUGAAAACGUCAUCUCGCUCAGCGACAUCUUUAUUUCCCCCUUGGAAGACAUUUACUUUGUCACCGAGCUGUUGGGAACAGAUCUCCACCGCCUUCUGACCUCCAGACCAUUGGAGAAGCAGUUCAUCCAAUACUUCCUCUACCAGAUUCUGAGAGGAUUAAAAUACGUUCACUCAGCCGGCGUGGUCCAUCGAGAUCUGAAACCUAGCAAUAUUCUGGUCAACGAGAACUGCGAUCUGAAAAUCUGCGAUUUUGGUCUCGCUCGAAUUCAGGACCCUCAGAUGACCGGUUACGUCUCCACACGGUACUAUCGAGCCCCGGAAAUCAUGCUCACGUGGCAAAAAUACGACGUGGAGGUGGACAUCUGGAGUGCCGGUUGUAUCUUUGCCGAGAUGUUGGAAGGAAAGCCACUGUUUCCCGGCAAGGAUCACGUCAAUCAGUUCUCAAUCAUCACCGAAUUACUGGGAACACCGCCCCAAGACGUGAUCGAGACAAUCUGCAGUGAGAAUACUCUGAGAUUUGUUCAAUCUCUCCCCAAACGGGAACGACAACCACUGAGCUCCAAAUUCAAGAAUGCCGACCCUGCCGCGAUUGAUCUGCUGGAGAAGAUGCUGGUCUUUGAUCCACGAAAGCGAGUGUCUGCUGCUGAAGGAUUGGAGCACGAAUACCUCGCCCCAUACCAUGAUCCAACCGACGAGCCGGUAGCCGAAGAAAAGUUCGAUUGGUCUUUCAACGAUGCCGAUUUGCCGGUCGACACCUGGAAGAUCAUGAUGUACUCGGAAAUUCUUGACUACCACAACAUCGACAACCAGGACAAUGAUUUGGAGAGCAAAGCAUUAUCGGUCGAAGAAGCUCAAGCUAUCAAUGGUCAAGCUGUUCAAUAGGUAUCCUGACGAUGCUCGACAAUUGGCUCCACUUCCAUUGGACGAUCGCAGGGGAGGCAUCUGGUGUGCUUCUGGCUUUCAAACCAUGCCACUGGUAGAAAAACUACGAGAUGCAUCGGUUCUUGCAAAAUCCAUGCUUCGUGGCUUUUCGCCAAGGGAGAUCCGUUCUCCCGCGUCUCUGAGUAAGCUGGGGUUGGGAGAAACUUAUUGAUAUCCCAUCGACUGCCGGAAAGUGACACGGAGUCUAUUCCAUGAAGACAUACCCAUUUUUGGCUAUCGAGCAUUUUACAAAUGAGCAACCAACAUGAUUGAUAUUUCUUAUGAUUGACGCAUGGCGAGGGCACGAUGAAUGGUAUACGCUAAGCGGCGACGAAAGGGACUCUGGGCAGUUGGUGGCUUGGAGUGUAGACUACGAAGCCUCCAGGCGAUAUAGAAUUCAAUUGCCUUUCGAACUGAACAAGAGCACAGCCCACGCACUGUCGCCCUCAAAACGAGCUUGCAAGCCGAUGCCUCGAAAUAUCCCAAAAUAGGCGAGUCUUGCCAGGGAUUGCGUCGCCGAGUAGCCGCAAGCCCUGUGUAGAGAAAGGAUUGAAGCGGUCCGUAUCGGAGACAGAGUUCAUGGCUCAAGCUGUAUAUUUAAAACAGAGCACUAUGUUAAGAUAAAAAUCGAAAUAUGGUGCUGAACUACUAGUAGGUCUUGCUGUAGUUAUUCCAUACGGGAAACAGGCGCAGGCAGUAGAAAUCUUAGCGAACUUGAUGGGUCGAG